ACUUCGUCGGCAUCAUUUUGGCUUUGCGCCGGAACAUCGCACCCCCGCCGCCAUGAUUGGAGAUAAGGAAUCGACAUACAAGCUCGACAAGCCGGAGAAGCUCAACGAGCUCCUCAAAGCCGAUGGCGGCGACGACUGCACAGGCUGCAAGGUCAUAGGAGGCGGUGCCUUCCUCGGCCUCGGCGCAUACAGUUACUUCUCCGGCAUGUCGCAGAUCGAACAGCAGCGCGCCAAGAUAAUAGCGAGCAGGAGCUUCUUGGGCGUCAGGAGCAGGAAGGCCGGUAUCGCGGCCACGAGCCUCGGCCUGGCGUGGAUGGGCAUUUACAGGCUGCUCAUGUAAAAGAGAAAGAGCUCGAGUGGGCGGUCUCUUGCGGAGGGAGGUGCUGCUACAUACAAGCACGACUGCAGAGGUGAAGAUGACUCCGGACCCCUGCCAAUCCGAUCUCAAUGGGUAUUUGCAUUGAUGGAGACAGACUAUGAUCCUGCACCCUUUUUUUCUUUCUUUCUCUUCUGGACCAUCAGAUGGAAAGUGAUACAUCUGGGAACAGGGGUGUGGUUUUUAGCCAUCAACGAUGUACUACAAUUCGCUAUGGGCUCGACUAUGGCCCCUCAAAUGUAAUUAGAGCCGGAUAAGUGUUUGUGGCAAUGCCACUGCAUACAUUCCCAAGACUCUAGCGGCCCAACACUACUCUCGUUGGUUGCCAUGUUGAUUAUAGCUUUAGUUGGUGAUACGACUACAAGCUUGUUCAUACUUUGAAUUCACCUUCAAUGCUAUGUGGCUACUACUUAUGCGAAAUGAAGUCGAUUCCAGUCC